AUUUUCCAACUACAACCACCAGAAACUAUUACCAACCCACAACCACCACCCAAAGGCCCCAAAAUGGAAACCAACCUUAUGACUAUAGUGAAAAUCAGUUCCAAAGGACACUAAAUCCACCUGUGCCCCAAAAUAUAAAGUUAUACGGAACAGCAAACCAAGCUCCGCCCCAAACUAGAACCCCAAAUAGGACACUAGUCAAAGAUUCCCCUGGAAACUACUACCAAUCGACACCCACUCCAAACUUUUACCCAACUACAACCACCAGAAACUAUUACCAAUCCACAACAACCACCCAAAGGCCCCAAAAUGGAAACCAAUUCCCAUUCCCAAAACCCACAGCCUGGGGCCAGCCUGAAAAUCAGUUUCCCAAGGACAACAAAUCAAUCUGUGCCCCAAAAAAAAGUGUUAUUUUCAACCACAGCAGUACAAGCUCCGCUCCAAACUGGAAUACCAAAUCUGCCACCAAUCAAAGACUCUGCUUUAGAUAAUCUUUGUGGCUUGGGCAAUCCCAGUGGUCCUGGUCAAUAUCCCUGGGUGGUGGCUCUAUACAAGCGUGGUAAUUACAUUGGAGGCGGUUCUCUGAUUGCCCCCGGAGUUGUACUAACGGCAGCCCACCUUGUGAUGAAUAUAUCCGCGAAUGAAAUUGUGGUCAGAGCUGGCGAAUGGGACAUGGCUUCCACUUCGGAACAGUUCCGUCAUGAGGAGCGCAGUGUGGUAAGAGUCGAGCCACACGAAGACUUCUCCUUCGAGGCUUCGACUAACAACAUAGCCCUUCUAUAUCUCAAAUCGCCCCUCGAACUGAAGGCCCACAUCCGAACCAUCUGUUUACCAGGAGAGGGAAAGACUUUCGAUCAAAAGAGCUGCCUAAUGGCCGGUUGGGGAAAACGUUCGUUUCAGGAUCCCUACAAUUCGAGUAAACAAAAGUCAGUGGAGAUGCCCAUGGUGAAGAGAGAAGACUGCCAGAAUCAGUUCAGGCGAACUAGGUUGCACCGAAACUUUGAGCUCCACGAAAGCCUAAUUUGCGCCGGCGGGCAGAGGGACAAGGAUGCCUGCACUGCUGAUGAUGGAUCCCCUUUGUUCUGUGCCCUGGAUAACGAUCCCAAUCGCUACGAACAGGCGGGCAUCGUCAGCUUUGGGAUCGGCUGUAGCCAGGCAAAUGUUCCGGGAACCUUCACAAAUGUGGCCAUGUUCAGAGAUUACAUCGAUGAGAAAUUGGCAGGUGGUACUUUCGAGUUGUAGGAAAAAAUUAUAGUUUAAAUAAAAAGCAUACAAAAAAUAACAA